AUGAAGGAGGACAUCAUCUCAAAUGCGCUGGUUUGGAUAACCUCAAAAAUCGUGAAUUUCAUAAACAUCGGCAGUAAUGCAGGCUCUCUAGGCCUACACCAGCAAGUUUCGCUUGAGCGAUGGUAUCGUCUCGAGGCUGAGCUUGAUGUUUGGUACAAUGGCCUCCCAGACAGUUUCCACCCAUGCGCUCGUAUCGCUCGACCUCAGAUUGCGGGCCAGGAUGAAAAUCCAGUCGACGAUGCAUUGACAUUGUCAGAGAUUUGGUAUAGCCUUGCUAUGUGCUCGUCAGCCAUGCAGCAUUACCACAUGUCCCGCAUUCUCCUCCACAUCCACAAGCCGCCCGAGCCCACGCCCGGAACAAGUGCGAGCAUCAACCGAUACAACUCAUAUCGUUCAGCGGAGACCGACAUUCAAUUCCACAGCCGCGAGAUUGUCGGCAUAGCAAUGGCCUGUCCAGCAGGCUCUGUGCGUAUCAACUCCCUACAACCGCUGUUCGUUAGUGGUCAGUGCCUGGUUGACCCUGGGGAACGGCGUAUGGUUCUGAGGUUGCUACGGGACAUUGAAGUGGACCUUGGUUGGGCGACUGAGUAUCGUGUUAAGCAGCUUCUCCGGGAGUGGGGCUGGGAUGAACAUACUGAGGGCUGA